UCAUCUACGACAUUUUCUUUUCGCUCGUGCGUACUUUUUUUUAACCUUUAGCUUUUGAAAGCAAAAAGAUAAUGGCUUUCUUUGCAUUUCGAAUAACUGGUAAUAAAGGCGAUAUUUCACAUUUUGCUUACAGUUUGCCCACGUGCGAACCACUUUCUGUGCCUUAAUUUCGCUAAGUUACGUUUAUAACAUUUCAACUGAAAGUAAAAUAUUUCUAUAUUUUAUGAAGGAAAAAUUUAUAAUUGGAUUUAAAACAUGAGUCUGAAAAACAUGCGACAACUAAUUUUGCAUUAGGAAAUCAUAUGAUAGAAUAAUUGUGAUUUUGGAAAUAAUAGAUAAAAUUAUUUGUUAACUAAAUCUAAUAUUCUGAUUAGUCAGACUUUAUUAAAACUUUUAGAAAUAGUGAAAAUAAGAAAUAACAAAAAUAUGUAAGUGCUUAGAAAAAGUAGACGUUGAAUAUUGUAGAUAUACUUAACACUGUUAAAAUUAAUAUCGUCUGAAAUUUCAUUUGAUAGCUUCAGAUUCAGAUAUAUUGUUUCACAGAAAAGUAAUAUUCUCAGAAUUAUGUAUAUCAUUUAAUACUUUUAUAAAUUUAAAGUGUUAUAGUCACUUUAAAGUGUUUUAAGACAGUAGUAAUUAUCCAUGUCUUUACUAUGCAUUUUGGGAUUCACCGUCAAAACAUUCGGUAAGAAUGGUUCUGAGAAGUAAAUUCUUUUUGCAUUAUUGUUCCAUUAAUGGAUCAAAAGUACAAAAAAAUAUUGUAUUGGAGAUUGAAAGCCCGUUUCUUAUUUCGAAUAUUGUUGGCUGUUGGUUUUAUCGCGCAAAGCGUCAAAUUCGUCGAAAUGUAUCUGCAGUAUCCUUCAACAGUGGAACUGGAAGUGGUUCAACCAUCCGAAGUAGAAAUGCCAGCUUUUACUUUGUGCAAUAUAAAUGAGAUCCGUUCUUCACCUUACUGUGAGAUUUAUCCUGAGUACUGUGGAACUCCUGACUCUGAUCCUAAAUUUUGUGAACGAUUUGCUGAAUAUUGUAAGCUUGUGAACGACACAAAGAAGGUUCCAUUGCAGCCUGUAGAUUUUUUCCGGCAUUUAACAAGAUAUGAACAGCAAAUUCUGGGACACCAGUAUGAAGCUUUAGUCCAUAAAUGCACCAUAGAAACAGAUGACUUAGAGACGAACUGCACUUCGAAUCCAACAUUAGUGCCAGCUUUGAGUUUUUCUUACGAGAUACCUUUCAACUGCUACAUGAUGUAUUCACUUCAAGGAAAACCAUAUGAAAAUCCAGAAGUUGUUCCAAUAUCCACUAAAAUUCAUCUGGAGCUGAACCUUGAAGUUGCCGAAUAUCAUCCAUCCCAUUUAUCUCGUGGUGCACAACUCAGCAUUCAUUCACCCUAUCAUAUUCCCUCACCGGUCAGUGAAGGGUUGUUCCUGAAUAUGGGCACUGUAUAUCGCAUUUACGUCAGACUU